GGCUCUUGGCUGCAGAUUUCGCUCCACCGACGCUGCUGCCGUGUGCCAAGUGACCCCCCCACACACACUUGGGAAAAUGCUGAGAUCAACGGUCAGCCUGGCUCUCCUUUUGGCAGUGCUCCAAGUCAGCCAUGGCCAACGGAUCAAAAGACUAACCGCUUGCUUGACCGAUCAAACCCUGCGGAUAGACUGUGCUUACGAACGGAAAACCACCAACCCUCUGUCCUACGAAUUCUACCUGUCCAAGGGGUUUACCGAUAAAACAGUUGUGGCUGGCAACUUGAACGUAGCAAGCGCUUCCUACAAGCCUCGCACCAACGUCAGUGUCACCAACAACCUCGUGUGCCUGUAUCUCUCUGGCUUCAGCACCAGCGAUGAGGGAGCCUACACUUGCAUGUUGAAGAUCACCAACGAUUACGAAGACAUGCAGUCCAAGAACAUCUCUGUGGUCAAAGCCCACUUGGCGAGAUGCGCCGGGAUCAGCGUCUUCAUGCAGAACACCUCCUGGCUCCUCUUGCUGCUCCUCUCCCUCCCCUUGUUGCAAGCUGUGGAUUUUGUGUCGCUUUGAAGGGGGGGAAGAGCUCCAGCGAGUGGG